AUGUCGGCAAUCACUGCAAGCAUUUCGAAACCUCAGUCUUCUUCGCAUCGGGCUGUGGCUUUACUUAAAUACCGGCCGAAAUGUGAUGACGAACUUUGUCUCACCACUGGCCAAGCAGUUCAGGUUUUAUCUAUCGAUCCUAAAGUGUCAGGAAGUGAGGGUUGGUGGGUUGGCCAGGACAGUUACGGGAAAGUCGGUGUUUUCCCCGCCAACUACGUUCAGCUCCAGGUGGCUAGCCCUGAAAGUGAUGACAACCGUCUCCAAAGCUACUGUAAUCUGUCAGAGGGACAUAACUCCUCACUGCGGGACUCUUCUUGCUCCUUUCCCAUGGAUGGAACUCUUGUCCCCAACCGUGUUCCUACACCACUUUUGCUCACGGACUCAGUACGUGGAACCGGAGAUGGCGAUGGAGAUUUUCGGAUACGUCAAAACGGCAAGGUCGAUGAUUUGAAGGAAAGCUUGUCACAUCUACGGGUCAUUAAAUUUGAGGACAUCAAACUUGGGGAGUCUAUCGGCGCGGGCUCCUUCGGAACGGUAUACAGGGGCACAUGGCAAGAAAAAACCGUUGCGCUCAAAGUUUAUCAUCAGGCGUCUAGUCAAAUUCAGCGUGAGGCCUUCAAUCUGGGUCAGCUGGCGCACCGAAACGUAGUGGAGUUCUUCGGUCUGUGGGAGACCCAAGAGACGAUCAGCCAUUUACCCGCCCUGGUGAUGGAGUUCGCUCACGGAGGCGCUCUCCACACCGUUGUGCGUCGGCGACCCACCAUCCGACCCCUCACUCUCGCUGAUUGGGCCCUUCAAAUCGCCGAGGGCAUGCGCUACCUCCACGAGUGUGCCGGUCUCGUCCAUAGGGAUCUGAAAACUGCUAACAUUCUCAUUCGCGAGCCUCUGGUUGCCUCCCCCGGGCCAGAUGAUCUGAUACGCAAGACCCUGAUCAUCUCCGACUUCGGCAUGUCCUGUCCCACUGACAUCAUUGAUUCUUGCGUUUCUGGUAUCGGUACGGCUGCCUAUGCUGCUCCGGAGGUCAUUUGCAUGGCGAUAUUCAGUCUGGCGUCCGAUGUGUGGUCCUAUGGUGUGGUUCUGUGGGAAAUUUUUACGAUGUUGGAACCCUUCCAGGAGUUCGAUAGGGCUCAACAACUGGUCAAUAUAGGCCGGUAUCGGCAGAAAUUAUUCAUCCCUCGGCCAGAAGCAGGCUUCCCCGAAGUUAUUGGUACGCUUCUAACUUCUUGCUGGGCCGACGAGCGGACAGAUCGACCAACUUUCUGUGAUAUUUACAACCGCAUUAUGGAUGCACAACAUGACUCAUUCUUCUCCCUUUCCACGGAAGAGUUUACGGCUCUUCAGAGCGCUUGGAUUCGCGAAAUCUCCGAUGAAGCCGAAUUAAGCCUUUUGUCCGAGUCAUGCUCAAGUGAAGCCAGCUCUCCCUUGCGACGGCAAAAUGAAUACCUUCAGCAAGAGAACGCCAAGAUGCGCGAUGCUCUCCAAACUCUGCAGCAGAAUGAGGUGCGCUAUCGGGGCACUAUAGCUGGGCUCCAGAAAGACAAUCAAAUUCUCAGCGUUCUCGUGGCCAACACCCUGUACAACAACGCAGCACCGCUGGCAGCACCGGCGCCCCGAAAGAGGCCCUUCAUUUACAACCCCUUUCGUCGUAAUGAACAGAAGACGUCAGCGGUCAACUUGGCGUCAGUGUUAUCGGGAGAGGGCGAGAGCCCUUCCGCAACUACCACAGCUGCUGUUGGUGCUGGUGUUGUUACCACCACCGAGUGCUCCCCACGAGACUACUCACCUGCGGUGAAGUCGACCGGUCGUCGUUAUGGCGGACGAAAGACCAGUAAAAGUGGUCCUGGUAUCUCCUACCCCUCUGACGUUCGUCAUGUCUUUCACGUACCCUGCAAUCUCGUCUUUGAGUCGAAUAACGAACUUUAUUCUCCCAUUUACCGGUCCAAUUUUUCUCCGGGGAGUUACAACACCUUCGUAGGACCCUCAAUUCCCUCACCAACCAGUCCCACGAUAUACGCCAGCGGAUCGGCCUCUUCAUCCUACCUUCGUCCUCGUACGGACAGCCAAUCCACGGAUCCACCCGUCCAUCCAAGCAGCAUCGUCUUCUCGCCCACCGAAGACGCUGCUGAUAUCGCCCGUCAUUUCGCCUUCCUUUAUGCACAGAAUGGGCUCACUGGCACCACUCCCCUACUUACGCAAAUCACAUCCCAAACACUACAGCAGAAACAUCAACGGUUUCCCAAAUUUAGCGGUACUGGGGGUUUGACAAGCUAUAAGAGUGCUCCUGAGCUCUGUGAAAAAAUCAGGUGCUCCAAGGCUAGACUUAACACCCUUGAAGGUCGGCACACUGUAUCGCGAAGCUCCGCUUUUGAUCCCACGGACACUCCAGCUGAUCGAAAACCCACCACUUCGUCAACCUCGGGUGCAAAUGGCAGUGUCAACACUUCAAAGCGUCACCGAAUUGGUUUGUCUGCCCUCUUUCACACCUCGAGAAGCAAGCAUAACAGUGGCUCUGGGAAGCCACCCUCUCCUGCCUGCGAGUCCAUCCCGCUGUCGCCCUUACCACCUUCAGUUCCUACAACAGCAUCAGAUUUAUCGCCCUCUUCCACACUCUCUGGCACGGCCUCCCAAUCCGGUCGAGGCUCUGGCAAACGCAAGUCUUUGUCAACCACGCCAAGACGCCUCCUGCUUCACAAGCUCUUUCAAACAGAGCGCAACAGACAGCGGCGAGUAAGUGCUGGCAGUCGGAAGUCGUCAGGUUUGACAAAGAAGCAGCGUGAUUCCGUCUCACCCGACUCAUCGCAAAUCCUGCCCGAAGGGACCGUCCAAAGUAGUCCAGAUCUGGAAAACAGGAAGGUGGUAAUAGAGCCACCUCACUGCAACUACGUUUCGGCCACCGUGCAGAUUCCUCCACUGCCGCCUUACCUCUUGCGUCAAUCGAACCACACUUUGGGACCUCGACGUCGGCUUCUCGACAUCAUACCCCCACCCCCAGCCCACCUUCCCACAACAGCAGCAUCUAUUCCACGACCUUGCACCCUCUCAGCCACAUCCGACGGAGAGACAAAAAGCGGAGUACGCAGACGUCCCUUCGUCCUUCGUAUAAAGUCGCAGAGCCUCGAUAUUCUCUACCAACCAGAUGAGGCAAUGGCGAUGGAGGCCAAGGGGGAGGAGAGCAAUGAGACCGAAGCUGAGGGUGAGGAUGACGAGGGUGAAGAGACGGGAGGAGUAGCUUCGAUGAACCCCGUGCCACUGGCUCUAUGGUCUGCUCUUCAUGUCGCCUCCAUCGCACCGCUCUUCCUCGACUGUAACCCUGCGGCCCCUGUGCGUUCCUAUCCUCCUACAGCUCCACACUCGGCAUCCUUCGCGCGAGUCACCUUUUCCCCAUUCACCACAGAUGAAUCGAAUCACGCAGCCGGUGUGUUGGGAAAAGCCCAGUCUUGUCUGGGUCGGAUAUCCUCCACUCUAGCUCUGACAACAGUUUCCGUUGAUCGAAGUCGACAGCCCACACGCCAGCAGUGGAAUACACAACGUGAACUCUCCGCCCCUGCACCCAGUUCAUCACCAUGGCAACGAAAGUUGAAUAAUCUCUCCCCGGUGUACUAUUCGCCUCCUUCAGGCAGCGGUGUUGGCAGAGGAGACGGCAGUAGCGGUGGUGGUGGUGGUAGCGGACAAGAGCCCUGCUGCAAGUGCGUUUGCCAUUCGGCGGGUGGCGGAAGUCGACAGUCCUCGUCGGCUACUACUACGACAACCUCUUCUCAAUCCUCCUCUCCGUGGUUGCCCGUCGACAAUCCUGUCGCUCUUUCCAGAGACGCCUACCUCAAAGUUACUCAGGAUGGGUACCUAAAUCGUUCGGCGGUUGGCGAGGCUCUUGACGACGAUGAUGACGAUGACGGCAUCGAUAUGACAAGUGGUAUGCGGUCAACGUCGUCACAACAACAACAGCAGCGACACCCCAGUAAUAGUCCGCCCACUUCUUUCCUUGAUUCCUCGGGCGUGGCUGUGGACCCCGGUGACCAGGUGAUCAUUCUACCUGAGGAGGAAGAGGAGGAGACGGGCGAAUUGAGUUUUGGCGCCGGUGAGGCUGCUGAGGACACUGACACCCUCUACGCCGAAUUCCAAACUCUUCCCCAUCAGGCACUUUACAAGACUGUCUAUGACGGGAAGUUGGAUGGAGAUUGGUGCAAUGGCUGUGCACCUAUUCCAGAACCAGAGGUGUUGUCUACAGAGUUUCCCUCAUAUCCUUGCCGCCGUAGAAAAGCCUUCCGAAUGAAGGAUAAACCAGAAGGUCUGCUCAGUUCGCCCGAAGAUGACAGUGCCAACGGGACCGGUGGUAAUCCCACAAUCCCUGCUGCUCCUUGA